UCACUUGCAAGAAACUCUGGCUGAAAAUUGAGGCAUAAUUAUCAUGGAUCUUGAGCAUGGCAAGCCCUUAGAUACUUCAAAGAAGGGUUCUUGGAAGACUGCAUUGCUUUUCGCGUACCAAAGCCUUGGUGUAGUUUACGGGGACCUCAGCACUUCCCCUCUUUAUGUUUACAAGAGCACAUUUGCUGAAGAUAUUCAACAUUCGGAGACAAAUGAAGAGAUUUAUGGUGUUCUGUCCUUUGUGUUCUGGACUCUUACUCUUGUCCCCUUAUUCAAAUAUGUGUUUGUGGUUCUUCGGGCGGAUGACAACGGAGAAGGAGGGACUUUUGCGUUGUAUUCUCUCAUAUGCCGACAUGCAAAAGUCAGUCUUCUGCCCAACAGACAGGUCGCGGAUGAAGCGGUCUCGACAUAUAAACUUGAGCACCCUCCUGAGAAAAAAAGCAGUUCAAGAGUUAAAUUAUACCUUGAGAAGCAUAAGAUCUUGCACACUGCUUUAUUAAUCUUGGUUCUCCUAGGUACUUGUAUGGUAAUAGGAGACGGUGUUCUCACCCCAGCAAUUUCGGUUUUCUCUGCCGUGUCCGGCCUCGAGUUAUCCAUGUCUAAGGAGCAUCACCAGUAUGCAGUUAUUCCAAUUACAUGCUUCAUUUUGGUGUGUCUUUUCGCACUUCAACACUAUGGCACACAUCGGGUUGGAUUUUUCUUUGCUCCAAUAGUGUUAACUUGGCUACUUUGCAUCAGUGCCCUUGGCUUAUACAAUAUGAUCCACUGGAAUCCACAUGUCUAUAAAGCUCUUUCUCCAUAUUACAUGUUCAAAUUCUUGAAGAAGACAAGGAAAGGUGGAUGGAUGUCUUUAGGAGGCAUACUUCUCUGCAUAACUGGCUCGGAGGCAAUGUUUGCUGAUCUUGGUCACUUCUCUUACGCUGCAAUUCAGACUGCUUUCACCUUUCUGGUUUAUCCAGCUCUUAUAUUGGCAUAUAUGGGUCAAGCUGCUUAUUUGUCUCGACAUCAUAAUACAAGUUACCAGAUCAGUUUCUAUGUCUCAGUUCCAGAAAGUGUGAGAUGGCCGGUGCUAGUAAUAGCAAUUUUGGCUUCUGUUGUGGGAAGCCAAGCCAUCAUUAGCGGAACAUUUUCGAUCAUCAAUCAGAGCCAGUCACUUGGUUGUUUUCCUAGAGUCAAGGUUAUUCACACCUCUGACAAAAUACAUGGACAGAUUUAUAUCCCUGAAAUAAACUGGGUGCUCAUGAUCCUUUGCAUUGCCGUGACUAUUGGAUUUAGAGACACAAAACACAUGGGCAAUGCAUCAGGAUUGGCAGUGAUGACUGUGAUGCUGGUGACGACGUGCCUCAUGUCCCUCGUUAUUACCCUCUGUUGGCACAAACCUCCUGCAGUGGCUCUUGCCUUUCUUCUUUUCUUUGGUUCUAUUGAGUUGCUUUACUUCUCAGCUUCACUCACCAAGUUCACUGAAGGUGCUUGGCUCCCUAUCCUGUUGGCCCUUUUCCUCAUGACAGUCAUGUUUGUAUGGCAUUAUGCCACCAUCAAGAAAUAUGAAUUUGACCUCCACAAUAAGGUGUCACUAGACUGGCUGUUAGCAUUGGGUCCAAGCUUAGGAAUUGCUAGAGUACCGGGUAUUGGCUUAGUUUUUACUGAUCUCACCUCGGGAAUCCCAGCUAACUUUUCUCGUUUCGUCACUAACCUUCCUGCCUACCACCGUAUCCUCGUCUUUGUGUGUGUAAAAUCAGUACCUGUGCCUUUUGUGCCCCCAGCUGAGCGCUAUCUAGUGGGCCGCGUUGGUCCUGCUGCUCAUCGGUCAUACAGGUGCAUUGUUCGUUACGGAUACCGAGAUGUACACCAGGAUGUUGAUUCUUUUGAAUCGGAACUAGUUGCCAGACUGGUUGAUUUCAUCCAUUAUGAUUGGCAUCGGAGCCAGCACGCUAGUCCUUAUGCUGAAGAUGAAGCUUCCAACUCUAAUGAAUCAUCAAGUGGAUGUAGAUUAGCUGUAAUUGGAACAGUUGCAUUUUCUGGCGCACCAGCUUAUGAAACAGAGGGAAGUAUUCAACCAGAAAGUGUAUCUAUUGGAUUUCCUACAGUUCAGAGUGUCACAGAUAUCGUCGAGAUGGAGGCCGUGGGUGGUGUUGAAAGAAGAGUUAGAUUUGCCAUCGAUGAUGAUGAUGAGUCCGAAUCUGAAAUGGAGGUGCAGCUGAAAGAAGAACUGAAAGAUCUAUUGGCAGCACAAGAAGCAGGGACGGCAUUCAUACUAGGACACUCACAUGUGGAAGCAAAGCAAGGAUCAUGUGUUUUAAAGAGGUUGGCCAUUAAUCUUGGGUACAACUUAUUGAGAAGGAAUUGCAGGGGACCAGAUGUUGCACUCAAGGUGCCUCCGGUGUCUUUAUUAGAGGUCGGCAUGGUUUAUGUUGUCUGAGCUUUCUCAUCUCAUGUAGCUACUACUACUUUGUAUCUUUAUGAUAUUAUAUAUAUUACAGAAAGAAGGUGAUGAGAAGGCUGGCCUGUAGAGAAGGUUAGACAACUUGUUUAAGAGUAAUUCACCUCUUUCUUUA